UGGCGGUGUGGCUUCAGCUUGACGCUGACGCUGUAUUAAAAGCGAGCGAAGAAGAGGCUGUCAGCGGAAGACAACAUUUUUAGCUCUUGGCAGUAGAUAAAAACGUGAUUUUAUCCAUUAAUAUCCGUCCCAGCCGACCAUGGCGGGCAGCAGCACCGCGCAGAAGACAUGGGAGCUCACCAACAGCAUGCAGGAGGUCCAGAGCGUGGAUGAAAUUUACAAGUACGACAAAAAGCAACAACAAGAAAUCCUCGCUGCGAAGCCGUGGACAAAGGACCACCACUAUUUCAAGUAUUGCAAGAUCUCAGCCCUGGCUCUGUUGAAGAUGGUGAUGCAUGCUCGGUCUGGUGGGAACUUGGAGGUGAUGGGCCUGAUGUUAGGCAAGGUGGAUGGAGAGACAAUGAUGAUCAUGGACAGUUUUGCGUUGCCGGUGGAGGGAACAGAGACCAGAGUGAACGCUCAGGCUGCAGCCUACGAAUACAUGGCAGCCUACAUUGAAAACGCCAAACAGGUGGGCCGACUAGAGAACGCCAUCGGCUGGUACCACAGUCACCCAGGUUACGGAUGCUGGCUGUCGGGAAUCGAUGUGAGCACACAGAUGCUCAACCAGCAGUUUCAGGAGCCAUUUGUUGCUGUUGUGAUCGACCCGACCCGGACUAUCUCUGCAGGGAAGGUCAACCUGGGCGCCUUCCGCACCUACCCAAAAGGUUAUAAACCGCCCGAUGAAGGGCCCUCGGAGUACCAGACCAUCCCUCUGAACAAGAUUGAAGACUUUGGCGUUCACUGCAAACAGUACUAUGCUUUGGAGGUGACUUAUUUUAAGUCCUCCCUGGACAGAAAGCUUCUGGAGCUGCUUUGGAAUAAAUACUGGGUCAAUACUUUGAGUUCGUCGAGCCUGUUAACGAACUCGGACUACACCACAGGUCAGGUGUUUGACCUGUCGGAGAAGCUGGAGCAGUCGGAGGCCCAGCUGGGACGAGGCAGCUUCAUGUUGGGCCUGGACACACAUGACAGGAAGUCGGAGGACAAACUGGCCAAAGCAACCCGAGACAGCUGCAAGACGACCAUCGAGGCGAUUCAUGGCCUGAUGUCUCAGGUCAUCAAGGACAAACUCUUCAAUCAAAUCAACACCUCUGCCAAUUGAAGCAGAGCCUCAGUUGUGUUUUCUGCGCGUGUGUGUAUGGCACUUUGACCGGCUUCCAUUUUCUUUUGUCUGAGUCUCUCAUUGGAAAAAUAAUAAAAUC